CUCGACCCACCGAACGUAACCCAGAUAAGCUCUGGACACAAUAUAAAACCUUUUUCAUACCCAACUACCUUGGAAAAAAGAAAAAGAAAAAAAAAAAAAGGCAACGAAGCAAAAACAGGGAGGAAAAAGAAAGCCCCAAAACAGCUGAGACAUCACCUCCUUGGACAGGUCUUUCUUUACCUUUUUCGUUGAACCACCCCUCCAAAAGGGUACCCCUUUCUCCCUCCUGAUCCUAUGCUUUCCUUCAGCUUUUUCCUUUUUCUUUUCCAGUUUUUAUAUGUGUAAUGGGAUGUUUUUUUGUGUCAUAUGUAGAUGCAUUUGCAUAUUAGUAUAUGUAUACAGGUUCAGUGAUUGUUUCUUGGUUUAUAAUUUUUUGCUACACGAUCUGAGACAUAUGUCAGAACUGUGAUAGCUUCAUCAUUGCUGUUGAUUUCGUUUAAUUGUGAGAUCAGUGUUUCUUUUGGUAUUAAAUUGAUCUUUUGAGCUAUUUAUUUUUUGGGUUAAUUACUGGUUGCAAUUUUACAAGAACUGCAUAACACGGAGUAAAUCUAUGCAACAAAAGUUUGUAUGUUUAGCCAGAGACGAGAGUGAGACCUGAGUAUUAGUGGUAAUUUUGUUGGUGAAGAUUGAAUAAUGUUUUUUAUUGUUUUCUUGAUCUUGCAAUGAGUUUGUGUGAAUCUGAAGUAAUAUGUUUUGACCAUCAAUACCUUAGAGGGAAACCUUUACCCACCCGGUUGAAUUAACUGCAUUUUCUUUCCGUUGACACAAGGAAGUGAGUCAUAUUUGUAUCUGCCCAUGUGAGUUGCACUUGAUGCAAGAAAAUGCAGUGAUUCAUAUUGGGUAGGUAUUGCAUUAUUCAAAAUUGAUAUUGGAGCACCGAUGUUUUAAGUAGAUUUAUAUGUUCAUUUCGCAGAUUUGAGAGAGACAAUCCAACCAGAUUCAAACGCAGAGUCCUCAUGCUGCUCAAAUAAAGGUGACCAUCACGUAAUCUAUAUUUCGGGCAAAACGUGACGGGCAAAGAAAUAAUAAACUUGGACAAUUUUGGGCACUCGCAGAAGAAGGUUUGCUUCAUAGAUGUGGCCUUUGUAUCUUCUCCUAAAUAAGCUUUUGAAAACAGACGAAGAACAUGUUCAUCGAUCAAACGGAGAUCAUUUAAGUUUGGUGGAAUCCUAUCCUUUUACACAGUCAGUAACUAGUGAGAAAUGCAAGGAUUCAGUCUUGCCCAAUUCACACUUUGUUGAGGUCCCACACAUAAACCAACUACGCAUGUGGGAUUGUGGUCUUGCUUGUGUUUUGAUGGUUUUGAGGGCCGUUGGCAUCAACAACUGCAGUAUUCAGGAACUGGAGGAGGUCUGCAGUACGACUAGUAUCUGGACGGUUGAUCUGGCAUAUUUAUUGCAAAAAUUUUCAGUUCCUUUUUCCUACUUCACUGUAACUUUGGGAGCAAACCCAAAUUUUUCUGUGGAGACAUUUUACAAGGAGCAAUUACCCAACGAUCUAGUGCGAGUCGACAUGCUAUUUCAGAAGGCACUGGAAGCCGGAAUUAAUAUACAGUGCGGUUCAAUUAGUGGAGAACAAAUUUCUCUCUUGAUCUUGUCUGGGAAGUACAUAGCAAUUGCUUUAGUCGACCAGUACAAAUUGAGUUGGUCUUCACUGGAGGAUGUUUAUAUCCCAGACUUCUAUAGUGGCAGCUCAGGAUACACUGGCCAUUAUGUCAUAAUCUGUGGCUACGAUUCUGUUACAGAUGAGUUUGAGAUUCGAGAUCCUGCCAGCUCUAGGAAACACGAGAGGGUCACAUCGAGGUGUCUAGAAGAGGCCCGCAAAUCCUUCGGUACUGAUGAGGAUCUUCUACUGAUAUCUCUGGAGAAGGGAGAUGAUGAGAACAGCCCUUCAAUACUACUAUCUGCACAGCACUGUUGACACUUGGUAUUCUUUCUUGGAUCCUACCAGCUGGUUGCAUCAGCUGUUGCAUAUAUUGUAAUUUUUUUUUCUGUAUAAUGUGUACUUUAAUCCAAUAUAUAUGUGAAUGUUCAAUAAUAACCCCUAUAUUGACUAGUUGGGGUUUUCCCUACAUGACUUGAAUCAUAUUUCCC